ACUCCCCUUUAAGGGGGUUGUUUUGGGGCGGGGCCUCGCGGCUGCCGGUGCCGCAGUGCCUGCUGGGAAGGAUGUGAGGCCGCUGCCGCCGGUGGCUGGAGAUAGAGAAGCCGCUGCGGAGGCGGCGGGAGCUGCGCGUGCAGGUGCGUGUUGUGGUUUUUUGACGCCUCCCCAAUAAAUAAGAAUUUGUGCAAUGGCGACCGUGCUGUACCCACGCGAGGAGAAGUUGGAGAAGCUGAGCCAGGACGAGAUUGUGCUGGGCACCAAGGCGGUGGUGCAAGGCUUGGAGACGCUUCGCACCGAGCACCACUCGUUGCUGGCCGCCCUGCUGGACACCAUCAACCGCCUGGAGCAUCAGCACGAAACCAGUGCUGCUCAGGAGAAGGCCAGCCUCUUGCGCAAGUCUCUGGAAGCCAUUGAGCUGGGGCUUGGGGAGGCUCAGGUGAUCAUCGCCCUCUCCAGCCACCUGAGUGCAGUAGAGUCCGAGAAGCAGAAGCUGCGAGCUCAGGUGCGGCGCCUGGUGCAGGAGAACCAGUGGCUGCGAGAUGAGUUGGCCAGCACCCAGCAGAAGGUGCAACGGAGCGAGCAGUCUGUGGCCCAGCUUGAGGAGGAGAAAAAGCACUUGGAGUUCAUGAACCAGAUUAAAAAAUUUGACGACGAUGUCUCCCCGUCGGAUGAGAAGAAUGGGGAGACAGCCAAGGACUCCUUAGAUGAUCUGUUCCCCAACGACGAUGACCAGGGACAAGGGCAGACUCACAGUAGUGGAGAUGCAGCAGCCCAGCACGGCGGCUAUGAAAUUCCGGCACGCCUGCGGACGCUCCAUAACCUGGUGAUCCAGUACGCCUCCCAAGGGCGCUAUGAGGUGGCUGUACCACUCUGCAAGCAGGCGCUAGAGGACCUGGAGAAAACUUCGGGCCACGAUCACCCCGAUGUGGCUACCAUGCUGAACAUUCUUGCGCUGGUGUACAGGGACCAAAAUAAGUACAAGGAGGCAGCUCAUCUUCUCAACGAUGCCUUGGCCAUCCGGGAGAAGACCUUAGGGAAGGACCAUCCAGCGGUGGCUGCUACCCUCAACAAUUUGGCCGUGCUGUAUGGUAAACGGGGCAAGUAUAAAGAGGCAGAACCGCUGUGCAAGAGAGCUCUGGAGAUCCGGGAGAAGGUGCUAGGGAAGUUCCACCCAGAUGUGGCCAAGCAGCUCAACAACUUGGCUCUCCUGUGCCAGAACCAGGGCAAGUACGAGGAAGUUCAGUACUACUACCGCCGCGCCCUGGAGAUCUACGAGUCUCGCCUCGGGCCAGACGACCCCAAUGUGGCCAAGACAAAAAACAACCUGGCCUCUUGCUACCUCAAGCAAGGCAAAUACAAGGAUGCUGAGGCCCUCUACAAGGAGAUCCUGACCCGAGCACAUGAGAGAGAAUUUGGCUCAGUCAACGGAGACAAUAAGCCAAUUUGGAUGCACGCUGAAGAGCGAGAGGAAAGCAAGGAUAAGCACAAGGAGAAGGACUGUGCCCCCUAUGAGGAGUAUGGCACCUGGUACAAAGCCUGCAAGGUCGACAGCCCCACGGUCAACACAACUCUGAAAAGCUUGGGUGCUCUCUACCGGCGCCAGGGCAAACUGGAGGCUGCGGAGACGCUGGAGGAGUGUGCCCAGAAAACACGCAAGCAGAGCCAUCCAAGUUGGUGGCCAUCACUGCCUCUUGCGUUCCACCAGGGCAUGGAUGCUAUCAACCAGAGCAAGGUUGUAGAACUACUGAAGGACGGGAACUGCUCAGAGCAUCGAUCAAACCACAAGGGGAUCCCCGGCUCCAGCAAGUGCGAAAAUGGAACUGAGCUGGAGGAUGGAGCAGCUGAGUGGUCCGGGGCAGGCUCUGGAGCACUGCGGCGCAGCGGCUCCUUUGGGAAGGUGCGUGAAGCCCUGCGGCGAAGCAGCGAGAUGCUGGUGAAGAAGUUGCAGGGGAGCAGCCCGCAGGAGCCCCGGAACCCAGGGAUGAAGCGGGCCAGCUCUCUCAACUUCCUCAACAAGAGCGUGGAAGAGGAUGCAAGCCAGGUGUCCAGUAGUCUAUCUGACAGCCGGGGCCUUAGCUCCAGCAACGUAGACCUCUCCAGGAGGAGCUCCCUGCUGGCCUGAGGAGUACCUUGGCCCGUGCCAGCUCAGCCUGGGUUGAAUGGUUUGAAGACCCGGGCCACAUCGAACCUUCUGCCUUUUCCCUCUCCCUUUCCCUGUGCUGCUCUGCCUGUGACCACUUACCCCUGUGUCUAGCGGCAGAAGAGUUCCCCCCCCCUCGUUACAGGGAUGCGCUGUCACAAUCCGCCCUGUGUGAAGUGUGCCCUCCCACUCCCACUUUCUCAUAACAAAGCCUACGUCUUUCUGUCCGCUGUUGGCAUGCUGCGGUCGCCCUCGUACAUUGCUCUUUGGAAAAGAAGCAAGAGCUCGCUGGGGGUGAGCGUGGCUCUUAACUGUCAUCUUUCCAUUUCCUUUCCUGCCAGCAUUCCUCUGCAGUUCAGUUUCUUGUAAAGGAAUACGGUCAUCCUGCCUGCUCUCGAGGAACCCGAAGCUGCACUCUUUAUACAUGUAUGCUCGCUAUACGUUUUUCAACUGCCCUUCCCAUGAAUGCUGAGAAACUGUAGGUCCGUGGGGUGGGAAGGAAGACAUCUAGGUGUGUUUUUCAGAAGCCUCCCCAAUGCUUGUAAAUGAGCAAUGCUACACCCCACUGUGGCAAACCUGUCAGCCUUCAGGAAGGACUGUGCCUAGGAUGAGUUGCCGAGUGAUCCAGACCGAUUUCCUUGUUUGCUACUAGAGAGAGAGAGAACUGUAGUUCCCAGGGUUCCUUGUUGUAGUUCCCAGGGUUCCUUGUUGUAGUUCCCAGGGUUCCUACAGCAACCCUUUGUCAUGUGAAGUGUCUCUUUUCUUUUUUCCCUGCUGUCUUCUUCUCCCCAUCAGUCUGUCUGCUUAGCAUUUGUGUUUUGGCCUCAGGGAAUCGCUGUUCCUCUUCAUAGUUCCAUUCCCUCACUGCUAAUCAUAUGCACCUGUUCCCCCACCACUGCCUCCCCUUGCUUUCAUUCUCCCUGCUCCAUUUUCCACCAAUCUCCACUCUGCCUGCCUGUUGUUUUUCCUUUUUGCGCCUUGAUCAUGGUGCAGGUACACUGGCCUCAUAAUGACACAUUUGCUUCCCUUGUCCAUUUCGGCAGUGGUGGGGUUAGGAGAGCUUGUGCCAUUUGUACCGGGACACCUGUUGCCAGUAUUAUCUUUCCCCUCAUUCCACACACCCCCUUCCAAAGAAGAAAAAGGUUUGGAGCCAGGGGAAGGUGGCUGCUGCAAAGUCUUUCUCUGUAGUUGCCUGCCUUAUGGAUGCUGGUUGCCAUCACAUUAGCAAAGCUACCCGCCGUUCCCCCCACCCCCCCAGCUCUCCUCUCUGAAGGAGGAUUGGAUACAUGCCAUUUUCCUCCCCCUUCCAGCAGGGCAGUGCAUUAUGGGACAGAAAUGGCUGGCUUUCCAAACUGGACUCUGCACCCUCUGCUGCUCAUGCAGCCUUUCUGGGUCAUUCUACACCGGAUGUACAAAUUUAACUGGCAAGAUUUACCCUGUUUCUACCAUGUGCAGAAGUGAGUGUUGCGCAUUGGACUCCAGGCAUUUUCCCAGCUGCUGGGAAGCAGUAUAGCACUGUCAGGAGUGGGAGGGCAGGGGUCUUGUCGGAGUGGAAAUCUUCCUUGUAAUAAUCCUUUAAGCCCAUGAUGGGGGAAAUUCACCAAAUGUCUCCCUUCUCCUCCUGUGUGAGCUUGUUCAUUGUUACAAACAAAUUACACUGGAACUCUAAAUGGAGCUGCAUUAGUGAAGUUUUUAAACUGCAGCUGAAAUCUAGGGGUGGGAGAGAGAGAAAUGUGGGCCUUUUAACUCAGCGGUUCCCUCCAGCUGUUGUUGGACUGCACCUCCCAUGACCCUCUGGCCAUUGGCCGUGCUGGCUGGGGCUGAUGGGAAAUGGAAUCCAACAACACUUGGAGGGUACCACCUUGGCCACGCCAGUCCUGUGGGGCUGUACACAUGCUGCGUUUACCCACCCCUCCAGGAGAGCCCUCUCCAUGAAGCCUGCUGCUAUCCUAGAGUUUCUAGGACAGGAUUGAUGUGCCUUUUUAGUAGCUGUCUUAAGAGGGGAGCGUUUCAACGGUUGCACAUUCUCCCUUCAUUCUGCUUCUUCUGGCAUUGCUCCUUACCAUGCAGCUAUUAAAAAGUGUGGGUGGAGGUCCUUGUAACUGAAAGCUGAUGACCUUCCUCUCCCUCUUCGUCCGUCGUUUGUAGCUCAAUAUUUAAGCAAAGAAAGGUUAUUUAAGGGGGGGAAAGAGAACAAAACAACCCAGCCCUCUCACCUUACUGCAUCUGGUGGAGUUUUUCCAAGUACUCCUUGGCUGUUCCCCACCUCUUUCAGGAAAGGACAUGCAAAUGGGCAGGGCCCAGAACGACUUGCAGCCACUGAGUGUGGGUGGGUGGGUAGGUAGAAGACUCAGCAGCUGCUGUGGGGUGGGCUGGGAUGUAGGGAAUAAAUGGGGGUAUAGGGGCAAAUUUUGCUCUGUAUUUAAUGAUGUUGCUGUAGAAAUAAUAAAAAAGAAAACUUACUGAA